GACCGUCCAAGCGGCAGGUCAACCAUCGGCGCUUUCUGCACAACAUGAUCCAGAGAAAAUUUGCAGAUAUAGAGGCGGCAAACCACCGACUAGCAUCAGCUCUUUAUUUUAAGGAUGAAGAGAAAACCUUAACCUCACAGGAGGAAGCAGCUGCAGGCCCGUUACAGAGUGGCCUGUUACAAGAUCCAGAGAGAUGCAGUGUUCACGUAGUAGCAGGUGACAUCUCAGAGUCUAGAACUGACGCCUCUGUUGACUCACAACAAACUGAGGUCGGUGAAGAGAAUCAUCCAGACUCGCCAGAACUUCAGAAGCAGCCUCUAAAAUCCCAGCCCAACAGCAGCACCUCUAAAACAGUCAACCAGGCCAACAAAAGAAAGAAGGAGGAGAGUGGAAAACAUAAACUGGAUGAAUUCCCAUCUGUUAGCGCUCCAGAAGGGACAGACUAUUACCACAGGGCAGAUGACUUUCAUACUGACUAUUUCACUGAUGAAAGUCCACUGGAGUCAAUCAACAACCUCCCAGAUAACACACAAACUGCUCUACAGAACUCAAGCUUGGUCCAGUCACCUGCCUGCUCUCCAGAGCUGUCUCCGUUGUCUCUUGACUCUUGCGACUUCUCCAUCCAAAUGUUCACAGACAUCUCGACCUGCACACAGUCUCAGAAGAGCAUCAUUGACAUUGCAGAGAGUCCGUGGGCAGACAUAAUGGAUUUAUUCAGCAUUGGCAACAAGGACAUCGGAGGCAGCCUGGACGUGGGAGCUUUUCAAAGUAUCUGCGCGUGCCAAGAUGAUGUGGGUCAAGAGGUCAGUGUGGAAAACCAGUCAGAUGGCUUCACACAAAGUAUGUGCAGCAACACAUCGGGGAUGGAGGACCUACACUACCAGAGCUGUGAAUAUACACAUAGCUGUCAGGAAGACCAUGAAUCGACCCAAUUCAACCAUUUUAGAUUAUCUCAAGAUUCAGAUGUCACACAAAACCAGCUCCCCAUGCCAAUCAGCUGUCACUACAACAUGUCACACCUGCCCACAUACCAACAACCUGAGCAACCUAUUCACUGUAUGCAGGUAAACUGUGAAAAUAAUCCACAUUUGACACCUUUUGAGGGAGUUGCUCAGUCAUUCUGUGCCCCUCCUUCUAAACCUGACCAUCGUCCAAUACCAACGCCACCACAUGAGGAUGACUGGCUGUUUCCUGAUAUCCUCAAAGAGAGGACGUCACCUGACUGCUAAGAAUGUGUCAUCGUCAAGUCUGUGAAUGAGCAACAACCAGAGCAGAGCAUCUUUACCUGAGUAACAUUAGUCAUGAUCCAACUUUCCUCUGGAGGAUUCACUGCUUUUUCAUCUUGGAUCUUUGGAGGUACUCAUGAGUUAUUUUGACAGAGAUCAGCAGGUGUUUUAAUGUACAACCUACAUUACUUUAUGCUUUUGGUUAAAUCUAAAGCAAUAACCUCACAGUAAAGACCAAAAAUACGUAAACAUAAAUGAGAUUAUUACAAUUUACAAAAAAAUAUCCCAUGUAUAUUUUUGUCUGCCUUAACGUUUAAUGUUGUUUUUUCCUUUUUAUCAGUUUGCAGAUUCUUACACCUUACAGCCUAUACUGUGAUUUCACAAUAUGUUUUUAACAGUGAUGCAGCAACGUGUUUAAACUACUAAGUUUAUUGUUUCACUGAGGUCAUUCAUGUUCCCAAGUCCAAACUAAUAACUGUGCUACAUCAGCUGUUACUAUCACCAACAUAUUUAAAGCUGUGUCAGCAACUAAUAAUUAAAUAAUGUAUUAAAAUGAAUAACAAUAACAAUGUUGUUCUGACAUUAAAAUAUAACUCGUUAUUAUGAUCAGCCUGAAAUGAAUUGCCCUCAUUUGUGCACAGAGACGUUGGCAUGUCCAUGUUUAGGGUUGUAACUGAUAUUCGAGUUGUUUGUGUAUAUUCGCGUGUGAAAUAUUGUUGUUUAAGUGGUGUAAAAAUAUCUAUAAUGGGAAUCAAUUUGAUAAAUACUUCGUAAAAACA